UGUAAAACACAAAGAAAGAGUCAAAGUCUUAUUAUAUGUUAAAGCUAUUACUACUUGUUCUGAUCUUGCUUGUACUAAUUUGAAAGAACUAAAUUAUUGAAGCUCAUCAGCUUAUCUUCAGCACAUCACCAACCAACUCUAAUGGCGGACAAAAAGACAGAGACAAAGACUUCGUGGCCUUUCAGUACUUUCCUUCUCUUCUCAGCAAUCUUUUCCGUGGUGUUGGCUUUGCUUGUCUAUCAACUUGAGCCGUUUGAGCCGGUUCCUUUGCCUGUCCAUGAACUGAUAGGAGCGGUCGCGCGGGCGCCGGCGAGCAACGACCGCCUUCUUAGGGGGUCGGAGCUCGUCGGCGUUGGGGCUCUAGUGGCGGCGGAGGACGUGGCGUAUGAUGCGCAAUCGGGGGUUAUUUACACCGGCUGCGUCGACGGGUGGGUCAAGCGAGUCAGGUUGAACGACUCGGGGGUCGACAGCUGGAUUAACACCGGAGGCAGACCGCUCGGCCUGGCCGUUGACCAUGCCAAUCAUAAACUUCUUGUUGCUGAUGCAGAAAAGGGGUUGUUGAGCAUAAGUGAAGACGGGGUUAUAGAAGUGCUGAGUGAUGAAGCGGAGGGUCUAAAAUUCAAGUUGACAGAUGGAGUGGACAUAGCAAAAGAUGGCACGAUUUACUUCACAGAUGCUUCACACAAAUACCAUUUGAAAGACUUCAUAUGGGACAUCUUGGAGGGUAAGCCCCACGGCAGAUUGCUGAGCUAUGACCCCUCCACCAAGCAGACCAAAGUGCUCGUGCGUGGCCUCUACUUUGCCAAUGGAGUUGCGGUUUCACCCGAUCAGUCUUCCGUCAUCUUCUGUGAGACUGUUAUGAGAAGGUGUAGAAAAUAUCAUCUGAAAGGAGAGCGAAAAGGUAGCGUGGAUCCCUUUAUCGAACGAUUACCAGGCAUGCCUGACAAUAUCCGCUAUGACGGGGAAGGCCUCUAUUGGAUUGCAUUGUCUACGGAAGCUACCUGGUCUUGGAAUUUGGCACAGAAAUUUCCUUUCAUUCGAAAGGCAAUAGCAAUCAUAGUAAGGCACAUAGGUCGACCACACAUGGAGAAGAAUGGCGGUGUUUUUGCUGUUGAUUUAGAAGGGAAGCCUGUUUUCCACUACUAUGAUCCUGCCUUGUCACUGAUCUCUAGUGGUGCCAAGAUUGGAAAUCAUCUCUAUUGUGGCUCAAUUGCUUAUCCCUACAUCAUUAGACUUAAUCUCCAAGAUUACCCUGCACGUCCCACCACUUGAUCAUGAUCGCUAGAGAUAUAUAAUAACCUCCAAGUAAUAAGUCCACAAAGUGUAGGAUUGUACUAAAGAUCUUUUUAUCUAACUUUCAUGUAGAGGACUGCAAUAAAAAGGCUUAUUUGCAAAUUUUCUCCAUCUUUCUAUGAGUUAUUAUAAUUA